UUAACCACUUCCUGUCCGGCCCAUGUAUAUAAACAGCUGGAUUGGAGCAGUGCAGGGGAGGGUGGCCGUUUAUAAACAGCCUCUUUGCCCCUUGCUUGUGUGUGCUCCCUGGGAGCGUGCAGCACCGCAAUCCAGUGCCUGCUGUGUCCUCCAGACACAGUGGAACACCGAUCGUUGUACAGGACCUCUGUGUGAGGUCUCAAUCAUGUGAUCACGGAUUUGCCAAUCCGUGAUCACAUGAAAGAGUAGUAAGCAAGAUGUCACUUCUGACAUCUGACAUGACAUUGCUUACUACGUGUGAAAUCUGUGAAUGAUCACAGAGGUCACAUGGUACAAGGCUAUUCACAACAGCCUUGUACCAUGUGACAAGCUGUUACCAAUCACAGCUCACACAGUA